GGAAAACGAAGAUAUAAAGGAGCUCUAACUGUUGGAUGUCCUACAUUCAAUACUCUAGUUACUAACCACACCACAGCCUGCGGCCAUCAAUUGUUGGACAGAAUCGCGACACCAUGGCCAUUUUCCGUACAUUGAGGUCUACGGAGAGCGAACCUGAGCCCGAGUACGGCUUGAAGCAGCUGCACGACUCUGAAGAGGCAGAGGUGGACAUCGUCUUUGUCCACGGACUCGGCGGUAGUCGAGAGGCCACCUGGACGGUCAAUAAUGUGUGCUGGCCUCAAGCACUUCUACCACAGGACCUCCCAAAAUCCCGGAUCCUGACGUUCGGAUAUGAUUCGCGGGUGGUCAGCUUCACGGCAGCCUUGUCGCAGAACGGGAUCAUUGGGAACGCCGAGGACCUCUGUGCGCAGCUGUCGCGCUAUCGAACCGAGUCUGGAACGCAGGCAGAGCGACCGAUUAUCUUUGUAGCCCACAGUCUUGGUGGGCUGGUCUGCGCACAGGCCGUUGUCGCCGGCAAUCGGAGUGCUCCUUCCGACAACACUGAGACGGUCAGCAAACACAUCCGGGGAAUCGUAUUCCUGGGGACUCCAUUCUGCGGAUCCGAGAUCGCAAAUUGGGUAUCUCGCUUUCACAGAGUGGCGGAAUAUGUAUUGGAGAGCAACAAGGCCAAUAUCUCCGACCUGAAGAGCAAAUCCGAUACGCUACAGCAUCUCAUGGAGGAAUUCGCAAAUGUGUUGCGAAAACGUGACAACUCGGACGAGAGUGUCCGAACCACCUUCUUCUACGAGCAGCGGAAGACACAGGGCGUGAUGGUGGUCGACAGAAAUUCGGCUGCCAUCCCCGGUCGCGGCGACAUGAUUUCCAUCCCGGCCGAUCAUAAGCACAUCUGCAAAUUUGGAUCGAGAGAUGACGAAGGCUAUGAUUUGGUCCUUGGGGCGCUGAAGAAGAUGCUCGUUAUUGUACCCGUGAGGAAGAAGGAAAUUAGCCCGGUUUUCAACUUCAACAACGCUGGUGCUGCCAUCAACAACCAGGCAGGUCAGCAGACCAUUCAUGGAGGCAUGAACUUUGGGUCGUUUGGACGGUAGAUGGUGCUUGUGCAGUUGAUAAGUUGAACAUAAUGAUUAGGUGCAAUCUGAGCCUUGAAGGCGUGAAAUGGAGGGUGAACAGUCGUUAGAAUAGGACAGGAGAAGCAAUCCCCUGGGUAAACAUUGUUUAUGGCGAGUUGUAUCUUGCUGUUCGGGUAAAUUGAUAAGCCACAAGAAGGGCAACGCCGCUGUUGAUUUCCAUUUCAAGCUUUCCUGUGUUGCCUGGUAAUAAAAUUGAGCGUUUC